GCUUCCACCACCUACAUCCUUGGACGUUUUUGGAUAUUUGCAGCCAAACCGCCAGUGCUAAAAACAACAAUCGGGAAAGAGUGGGAUCUGUCAGGUUGUGGUUUAAGGUGGAGAUGCUUCGCCCUCAGGUGCAGGUUCUUCUGGUGGCUUUAUGUUCAUCUGUGGUGCUGGUGCGGGUCAACGGUGCUCCACACUGGGACAUGCUGACAGAAACACUAAGAGCAGAAGUCACAAAUGACAAGGAUCUGACUCGCAUGCUCCUGCUGAAGCUCAUGUCUGAACUGGUGGCAGCCAGAGGAGACGAGAUGCUGCGUGAGCUGGAGGCAGAGGUGGGAGGCAGAGAUGAGGUGAUGAGGCGACACAUUCCCCUCUCCCAAAGAGAGCGCAAGGCGGGCUGCCGCAACUUCUUCUGGAAGACUUUCACCUCGUGUUAGCACAAGAAGAGGGCUGCUCAAGUCAGAGUGUGUCGGUUUUUAAACGAUACAUUUGCCCACGUUUGCUCACUUUGUAGUAACUGCGUCAUUUACUGCAAGAUAAAAUAUGCAGAUCUCUUGAAAUUUGCAACAAGUAGCAAGGUUUGAAGACGAGUUGGGAUGUACAUGGUGUCAAAAAUAAAAUGUUCUGAU